AUGCACAUCAACUAUAUCCCUAUGAGAUGGGGAACUGGCGACAACUAUUGCUACCUGCUAAGUGAUGACAAUACCAAGAAGACGUGGAUCAUUGAUCCGGCCGAGCCCGAUGAAGUUCUCCCCAAAUUGAAGAAUUUCGACAUUGAUAUCACCGCCAUCGUUAACACUCAUCACCACUACGAUCAUUCAGGUGGCAACACUGAUUUGGUAAGUGUGCUAUAUUACUCAACUUUUUCCCAAUAG